UCGCAGCGCCGGCUCUCCCGGGAUGGGCCUCCAGGAGCUGGCGGUGUGGCUGCUGGCGGCGGCGGGGCUCGUGCGCGAAUCUCUGCAAGGAGAAUUCCAAAGGAAGCUUUACAAGGAGCUGCUGAAAAAUUACAAUCCGUUGGAGCGACCAGUCGCAAAUGAUUCCCAGCCACUCACUGUCUAUUUCACUCUCAGCCUCAUGCAGAUCAUGGAUGUGGAUGAAAAGAAUCAAGUAUUAACAACAAAUAUUUGGCUACAAAUGUACUGGACAGAUCAUUAUCUGCAGUGGAACGUGUCAGAAUACCCAGGAGUGAAGAAUGUCCGUUUUCCUGAUGGACUGAUUUGGAAGCCCGAUAUUCUUCUCUAUAACAGUGCUGAUGAAAGAUUUGAUGCUACUUUUCACACUAAUGUUUUAGUCAAUUCUUCAGGACAUUGCCAAUACCUGCCACCAGGCAUAUUUAAGAGCUCGUGCUACAUAGAUGUGCGCUGGUUUCCAUUUGAUGUUCAGAAAUGUAACCUGAAGUUUGGAUCCUGGACUUAUGGGGGCUGGUCCUUGGACUUACAAAUGCAAGAAGCAGAUAUAUCUGGCUAUAUUUCAAAUGGAGAAUGGGAUUUAGUAGGAGUUCCUGGGAAGAGAACUGAGAGCUUUUAUGAAUGUUGUAAGGAACCCUACCCGGAUGUAACCUUCACAGUUACCAUGAGACGCAGGACUCUCUAUUACGGACUCAACCUCCUCAUUCCUUGUGUCCUGAUAUCUGCACUUGCCUUGCUGGUUUUCCUGCUUCCAGCAGACUCAGGAGAAAAAAUCUCACUAGGUAUAACAGUUUUAUUGUCUCUCACUGUGUUCAUGCUGCUUGUGGCUGAAAUUAUGCCAGCAACCUCUGACUCUGUGCCCUUAAUUGCUCAGUAUUUUGCCAGCACUAUGAUUAUUGUUGGUCUUUCUGUUGUUGUCACUGUUAUUGUUCUACAAUACCACCAUCAUGAUCCAGAUGGAGGAAAAAUGCCUAAAUGGACAAGAAUCAUCCUUCUGAAUUGGUGUGCUUGGUUUCUGAGGAUGAAGAGACCGGGGGAAGAAAAAGUGCGUCCUGCCUGCCAACACAAGCAGCGGCGCUGCAGCCUGUCCAGUGUGGAGAUGAACACUGUGAGUGGCCAGCAGGCCAGUAAUGGCAACAUGCUCUACAUUGGCUUCAGGGGGCUGGAAGGGGUUCACUGCACACCCACCACUGACUCGGGUGUGAUCUGUGGGAGGAUGACCUGCUCACCAACAGAUGAAGAAAACCUGCUGCACAGUGGGCACCCCUCUGAAGGUGACCCAGACUUGGCUAAGAUUUUGGAAGAGGUCAGGUACAUUGCAAACAGAUUCAGAGACCAGGAUGAAGAGGAAGCCAUUUGCAAUGAAUGGAAAUUUGCAGCCUCUGUAGUGGAUCGGCUCUGUUUGAUGGCCUUCUCAGUAUUCACAAUCAUUUGUACAAUUGGUAUUUUAAUGUCAGCACCAAACUUUGUAGAGGCUGUGUCUAAAGAUUUUGCUUAAUUCCUAACUAAAACCUGCUUCUCUGAUUGGUAUGUAGCAAAUAAGAAUGUGGGGUCUUUGAUUGCUUGUUUUUAAUGAGUAUAAUGCUUCUCAUUGUCUGCUUUCUUUUGCCCCCCCGCCCUCUGGUCCUGAGUUCCUUUCAGAAGAAUGGCACCAUUUCAGAAGGGAAGCCAAGAGUUUCUCUCUGGGCUGUGUCUAUGUAGCUCCUCUGAGCACUCUUUUGUGGAAAAUGCCAAGUUGCUGCAUGUCCCUUCAGAAUGAUGGGGUAUUGAACCACCACCUCUUACACAUGUUCAAACUGGCUGUUCCAAAACAAGAUAUAGGUAAUGCCAGAAAUGGCACUUCCUCCAGACUUUGUUAUAAAGGAUAGCACAGUCCAUCUUAUCUAUUUGAAUGAGUGAUCACAGACAUGUUUAAGAGAGGAUUUAAUCCAAAUGGCUGCUCAAACAGAGAAAAGGGAGAAAUGUCUUAUGUAGCUCUUCAGCCCCUUACUUGCACCCUGUAACUCCCUCCAUGCACUUUGCAUACAACAUAUAUGACUUUCAGGAUUUUGAAUUUGUAUGAGGCACCAGAAACCUGAAAACUGAGAACACACCACAUAAUUUGUCCUUCAUAUCUUUCUGGAUUUGACCUAGAAAUCUGGCUUGAAUUCUAAAACAGGCUUCACAGUAAUUGUUGCAGCUUACUACUUGCUACUUCUUCCUUCUCCCCAGAACGGCAUUCUUUCAAAUAAUAGCCAUUUUAAUUAUGAAAAAGAAAAAUGAUUGAUUUAAGACGCCUUUAUCAUCACUUGUUUAAAAAAAAACCCAACCCCCACACCUGUCUCUUUACUGUUAACUGGAUUCCAGUGUGAAAAAGUAUCUCCAUGUCUUGUACAGGCUUAAGCAUAAAUGAAGAAUCUAAAGCAAAAAAAGCCAGUAAAUCCUGAGAUCAACGUUUUCAUUUAAAAAUUAAAAGUUUGAUCUGUUGUAUGCUUAGCCUUUUAUAUAAGUCCUUCUGUUGAGUCACCAUAACAUUGUCUUUACAAGAAAACUGCACCUUUUCUGCUCACUCUACAUCAGAUGAGUACUAAUGAAUAAUAAAGGUUCUUGCUUCUGAUAUAAACUAUUAACUGUAUAAAUAUAUAUUUAUAUACACACACUGCAGAUACAUUCAAGGAAAGGUAAAAACAUACAAAUUUUCCUAAGUCUAGACAGACUUCUGCAAAAGCAAAACAAGUAGUCAGCACUUUGUUAAUUUUGGUUCUGAAAUUCUCUUGUCAAUAUAUGCUUAGUUUUGAUGUCACUUUGAUGUCUCAAUGGAAAGAGCUGAGCUGAGAACAUCAGGACCUGAAACUUUGUGUGUACAUAAGAGCUGAGAAUUAGUCUCUCACUGGCACACCAGUAUUCCUAACCAGUGCUCUAAGUGGUACAAGAUGUGUUGUGAGGAUUAGUUUAGCACUGGUUCCAUCCUCUGUCCUACAGAAUCAAAAUUUUUUGGCUGAGGCCUUCAGAGACACAAACUGAGGCCUGUGGUUGUACCAUGUUUUUACUGUGAAAUAAACUCAAGGCCUCAGUUUAUCUCUUAAAAUGGAUUAAAAUAAAGUUGCUGUAAUGCUUAUUCUCCCUAAGUAACAAUUUCCUUCUCAGAGUCUGCUCCCUUGAAAGGAGGAGAAUCAAAUUUCAUGGAAAGCAAGCCCAAAGUCACCCCAGGUACCACUCUUCACCUGACUGAACGCCUUGUAAAAGCACCUUUGCACCUGAGAUAGGGCAGGAGGAGUGAAAGGCAGGCAGGAUAUUUCUCAGUUUGUGAAUUCUGUUUUUCUGAAGGUGCAUUCCAAAUCUCUCACUUUAAAGACACAAGCAAAAUAUUCAAAGCCUUCUUGUAACUUCAUCCUGAAACCAUGUGUCAGAAUUACUUGUGAAGAAGUUAUGUUUUCAGGAACAACUAUUACAAUUAAGCCAUGUAAUAAUUCCUGCAAAUGGUUUCAAGUUAUAGAUUGCAUAUGAAUGGGAAACUAUGAGUGCAAACUCUGAAAUGUGAGUUUGUUAAUUUGUGAAUAAGUGCACAUAUCAUGUGGCAUGUGCUCCUCUUCUGGGUAGUCCUAGGCUAGGCUUCCUGAUGAGAAUGUUUAUUUGCAUUGGUAUUUUUUCCUGCUGCAAGUAUCCCUAAAUAGCUAUGUAGAGUGUUCCAUUUAGUCUUUAUAAAUUUUUGGGGUCCUCUUGGAGAACAGCUUUUCAAAGAGAAAUGAAGACCGUUGAGGAUUACCUUGCACAAUGGAACAUGACUAUUGCACUCAUAGUACCUGAUGCAUGUGGUAUAGGAAGCAUGAGAGUCCCCCUCUUGCCACCCAAAUCCCUUGACAGUAUCUGUGGAAAUCAUCUUUCUAAAUACAGGAGGAUGGAAAAAGCAAGCUACAAUUUGACAGCAAACUUCAUUUUCAGUGACAGACAUGCCUACCCUCAAAAACUGGAGAGUUUGGCCUUACGUGAAAUCCUGCCAGAGUCUGUCCCAGCAAGUUGGUAAAACUGUCAGAGAGCUGGGGUGCUGCUGAAGGGGCUGUGAGACACCAGCAUUCUGCCCACACUGCCUUUAUCAUUGGCAGGGUCAAUGCAAAUGCACCAAGGGGACAAGGGAACCCUCAUUUUCCUACUGUUGACACAAGCUGUAAACAUUUGCUAACAAGUUAAUUAUACAUUUUAAAUGUAAGAGUGACUCCUCCAUUAUGUUACUUGGCACCUCUAAGUUAAAUUUUCCUGUAACUGAGCUGAGCAAAAUUGGUAUAGUUCUUGUCAACUUGUGUGUGUCUUAAAUAUAUUUGUGUAUGUGCUAAACAAUAUUUUGAUCUAAAUGCUGUGAAAAAAAUAUUUAUUUACAAUUCUGGGCAUAGAGAUGGAAAUUAAAUACUGUAUAGAGUAUGUGUAUAUAAUAUUAAAGCCUACAAAUUGAUGGUAAAGAUCUGUUAUAAUCUUAAAGAGUCCAGAGAGAAAAUAAGAAGUGGUUCACCACAACUAAGCUAUGACUCGCCUGACAAAUUCAAAAGCUCACUCUAGAGCUCAGGUGUCAUGUACAAUACUAUGUGUGAACAAUGUAUAUUACUUUUUCUGUUUUUAUAUGGAAACAUAUUGAAUAUUUAAAAGAUUUUUUAAUAUUUAAAAAAUUAUUUAGGUGUUAAUGCCAAAAAGGUUCCAAA